AUGUAUGUCAGCAUUCGGCAUUACAUAAAGCAUUACGGAAGUAUAAUUGGCGUAAUUAGCAGUUUCAAAACAAAGUACAAUUCGUGUAACACUAACAUCGAAAUUCCAACGAAGCAAGUGAGAAAGUCUUGCAGACCUGUCUCACAAAUCAGAAAUUGUCAAGACCAAAAAACUAUUCAAGUAUCGAUUUUAGAAUUUAUUUUUUAUUUUCCCUCUUUUUCUACUUCUUUUCAUUAUUAUAACGUGGCUGAAGAUACUGCAAAAGAUAACAUGUGGACCACUGCAUUGCCAGCUCGUCCCGGGUCUGAUCUGCUCACUAGGAUGCUGUUCAAUGAUAACUACGUAAAGGAUAUUAUAGUCAAGGCCGUCAUUGGGAAAGGUAUCUGCGGAGAUGCGCAGUAUGUUGGCUCUGAAGAGAGGCACGAUGGGAGGAGGAAUGAUGUCGUCUAUUAUCCUUUGGCAACACCUUCGGAAGAGCCUCGUUCUGUUAUUAUUGAAAUCCAAAUAAAUGUCACGAAGGAGUUUGUUUGCAUGAAACAGCCGUUAGACGAAGCUCAAAACUGUCGGGCGCGCAUUUUUUCGAUUUUUAAAAGUUAUGUUAUUCGAUGA